UCUGGGUCCGGGUGUCCGAGCUCAGCUCCUUCAGCUCCGCGGCUGCUUGGAGGUGGUGCAGGCCAGCCGCGGGACUCGUCUUCAGCCGGGAGCUCCAGUCCAGGAGCUGGGGGGCAGCUCUCGUCGCUCCUGGUUCCGCUGAACCCCUGUCCACGACCUGGGUCGGGCAUGUUUUCCAGGGCCCAGGUGAAGCGGAUCCUGCAGCGGGUGCCCGGGAAGCAGCGACUCGGCGUUUACAGGCAGGAGGCGGCAAGGGACCCGUUUCCCUGGGGGACAGUCAGGUUGCAGACUGCUUAUUCCACUCUGAGCGCUGAGCUGCCUUUAACCGUGGUCAGAAGGGCAAGUACGGUUACAUUCGCGGCCCCGGGCUCUCUGAUGAUGUCUACCGUAGAAAAGCCUCAGAACGACAGUAUCAGAGAAGGCUGGAAAAUGCAUCAGAGACUGAACUUCAGCCGUCAAUAAAGUGAACAUGAAAUUUUA